AUGCAAACAGAAAAAGUAAUUGAACAUAUAAUACAAUGGCUCAAAGAUUAUCAUAAAAGUAGUCGUACAAAAGGUUUUGUUAUUGGUGUAUCAGGUGGUAUUGAUUCAGCUGUGGUAUCAACAUUAUGUGCUCGAACUGAUCUACCUGUACUUGUUUUGGAAAUGCCUAUUCGUCAAUCAUCAAGUGAAGUACACCGAAGUCGUGCUCAUAUCGAUUGGCUUACAUCAAAUUUUCCUAAUGUUACUGGAGGUGAAGUUAAUUUAACAGAAAUUUUCGAAACAUUUGAAGCAACUGUUAAAAAAAAUGAAGUUAAUGAAGUUAAUUCGUCAUCAGAACUUGCAUUCGCCAAUACAAGAUCACGUUUAAGAAUGGUUAAUUUAUAUUAUUUUGCUUCAAUUAAAAAUUAUUUAGUUGCUGGUACAGGAAAUAAAGUUGAAGACUUUGGUGUUGGAUUUUUUACAAAAUAUGGUGAUGGUGGUGUUGAUAUAAGUCCAAUAGCUGAUUUAUUAAAAUCUGAAGUACGUGCUGUUGCUGAUAUAUUAGGUGUUUCAAAAGAAAUUAUAAAAGCACCACCCACUGAUGGUCUUUUUGGUGACACAAGAACAGAUGAAGAUCAAAUAGGAGCAACUUAUGAUGAACUUGAAUGGGCUAUGAAUUACGUUGAUUCUGAUAAAUUAAAAGACGAUAAAGCAACAUUAGCUGAUCGACAAAAAACUGUUUUAGACAUUUAUAAUCAACGACAUGCAGCAAAUUUACAUAAAAUGGUAGAAAUACCACGAUGUAUUAUUCCACAAGAAUUAAAAGAAUAG